UGCUGUCAGAUGGUGAGGCCACGCCCAUGUGCUUACCAUCAGAGGGACCCGCCUCCGAGUAUACCUACCGGAAGUUUCCCGGAGACUGCGAAGAGCAUGGACGAAGAAGCAGAUUGGCUCGUGGACUCGCUCCGCUUGUACCAGGAUCUCCAUGCCUUUGAGCUGCCAGGUCCCACCAGAGUCCUGGAGUGGACUGAUAAUCAAGGAGUCUAUGUUGCUGGCUGUGAAAGUCAGAAAAGAAAUGAAGUGCUACAUCUUCUAUUACCUCCCAAACUCUGUGCUGAAAACCAGAGCUUAUGCCCAGAAAGAGAUUUCAGAGUGAAACAUGGGGGAUUUUCAGACAAGCCUGUCUACAACCUGAAGCAUGUGCCGGAGACCAGGUUGCUGGUAACAAGUGGCCCACCCAGCAGUUCCCUACAGGUGUGGCAGGUUGCAGAAGAUAGUGACUUGAUUAAAACUGUGAUUACCAUUGCUUUACCUGAGGCAGAAAGUAGCCGCUGGCCUAAGAUUGCAGUCCUGGUCUCUAAGGUCCCCCAAGUCCUCCAUGGGGCUAGGGCCAGUGGUCUGCACAUUACCGACCUGGAGUGCCAGAAGACUUUCAACAUGUCAGGGGUGAGUGACCAUGAAGAAGAGAUAAGCAGUCUGCAGGUAUUGGAUGCAGAUACAUUCAUCUUCUGUUGUGCUUCGGGACGCCUGGGGCUCGUGGACAUCCGCCAGAAGCCGGGCGACUGCAAGAAGACCAUCCCCAACUCUGGGCCUGGCGGGGAGCAGUGGUGUGCUGAAGUCCAAAGCCGGGAGAAGGGGCCAGGCCCCACCGUCGCCAGUUUGUCCUCCACUGGGCAGCUUCAGCUCAGAGACCUGCGGGAUCUGGACCACCCGGUGACAACAGUGCAGUGCCCGGUGUCUGUACCCAGCCCAGACCGGGAGCUGCUGAGGGUUAGCUGGGCUCCUUCUCUAGCGGGCUGCUUAGCCAUUUCAGGUUUUGAUGGGACUGUCCAAAUCUAUGAUACAACAUCCUGGGAAAGAAAUGGGAGCCACAUAGAACCUCUCUUUAUCCACAAAGGACAUCUUUUCAUGGAUGGGACCAAGGAGGACACACUUCCACUAGUCACCACACAUUCCUGGCACCCCAGCAAACCGAGGACAUUGUUGUCUGCAGCAGCGGACGCAUCUCUGCAUGUGUGGGAUUGGAUGGAUCCUUGCAACUCCUGAUGACCCCACUCAAAGGGAGAAACAGACCCAGACAUUCCCACAUUAAUGGUGUGUGCUCAUGUCCUGGGUUGUAGAGAUUUUAAAUGGAAAACCAUCUCUGCAUGUGGCUUCAGUCUCUGUUAGACCUUGUUCAUGCGCUCAUCAGACUCUAACUAUCGCAUCCAUAGGUUCACUGUAACGGUUGUAAGCCUCCUGUUGGGCAGCUAUGAGGGAAAAUUUUCCUUGAAACUGGUGGAAGAUUUAUAGCAGCUCUUUUUGUGGUGGCAAAGAAUUGGAAAUUAAAGAGAUGUCCCUCCAUUGGGGAAUGCCUGAACAGUCGUGGCACAUGAUGGUGAAGGAAUACUGUUGUGUUAUAAAGAAUGAUUAACAGAAUGAUCUCAGAAAGAACUGGAAAGACCUACCUGAACUGAUGUGGAGUGAAAUGAGCAGAACCAGAACAUUAUACACAGUAACUGCAAUAUUGUGGAGCCAUCACAGGGGAGAGACUUUGCUACUAACAGUAAUACGAUGAAAAAGACUGCUAUCCAUCCCCAGAGAAGGAACUAUUGGAGUAGGAAUGCAGAUGAAAGAAUAUGAUUUUUCACUUUAGUUCAUUUGGAUUUUAUCUUUAUUUGGGAGUUAUGGGCUUACAAAAAUAAAGGAGAUGGAGAUCUGUUUUGUGUGAUAAUACAUGUAUAGCCCAGAUUAAAUUGCUUGCCAGCUCUCGGGGCCAGGAGGGAAGGAGACAAUUUGGUUCAUAUAACUUUGGAAAACUUAUAUGGAAAUUUGUUACAUGUAAUUGCUAAAUCAAUUUUAAAAUUAAAAAGAGAAAUUGGCA